UUCUCCCUUCUGGGUUAUGCCACCUCCGGAGCAAAGACCUUAUGACUACGGCAUCCCCAUGGAGGUUGAAGUUACCUACAUCCAGGAUGGUUUUUUAACGAACGACAUUCUCCACGAAAUGAUGCUGCUGGUGGAGUUUUACAAAGGGGCACCUGACAUGGUGAAGUUCCAGGAUGCAUGGAGUCAAGAACAGACCUACCUGGAUAAACUCAAGGGCUCCUUGGCGUCUAGGACACCCAAGGAUCAAGGUUUCGGACAUAUCCUGGAACAGGUCUACACUGCCCUCCAACACAGCAGCUGAUGAAGCAGCCCUUCAAAGGGGUCCUGGGACUCAGGCAGAGGUCACAAACCUGGAUCGAGGCAGGAUUUGAAUCCAGAACUUGCAAGCCCUGAUGUGCAUCGGGGGAAAGGAAAAGGAUGGGGGUCGACGUGGAUCCCUUUUAAUGAUUGAAAUCAUCCGUGUUUUUGGCUCAGCCUUUGGCUGGGAAAGCGAGAGAAAAUAACUCCCGGAUGUGUUAGCAAGUAGAUCAGUGUGCCCAUUUUACAAAUAGGCAAGUCGAGAGCUUCAGUAACGUAAUCUGGAGGGGGGGCGCGUCCCAAGAGAUUUAGUUUGCCCAUAGCACCAUUAGGAACUUACGUUUUCCACGACGUAAGAAGUGAUGUAGCUCGCCUUGCCCAAAUGUUGUGUUGGCCAGGAAAAUAUAUGUGAUAUAUUUUGAGCAAAUGGCCCAAGAGUUACCCUGUGGCAAGAUGGAUGGCUGAUAAAUUUAAUAAAUAAAUAAAAUAAUAAUAAUAAUCUGAAAUAGGACAGGCUGGGGAAGCAACAGAGGCUACCAAGAUCCUUUUAGGAUCAUGGAAGAACAUUAAAAAUAUGUUCGAAAUCCCAUUCUUAAGAAAACAAAAUAUAUUGGUACCCGAGUUUGUCAUCCGGCUUGACUGAAGGAAGAAGCAGAGAUGCUGGGUUGGAGAAUUUCCCCCACCCCCCCGCCCCUUUUAAGCUUUUUCUCCCAAAAGUGAGGUUGCGGAAGGAAGCCCUUCGUAGACCCCGAAACACUGAAUGAUACGAUGGUGGCCAAGAUUGGGGAGAUUACAAAUUGUCAACCUGCGGAAGUGAACUCGGCUCUAAAAAGGGUCUUUGCUCACCUGGAAUUAUACUGUCUUGAAAUAUAAAAUGUCAAGUUGAUCGGCCAACGGAAGACUUGCAUCUCAGGGUUUGAACGGUGGGGUCCUUGGUGCUCUCUGAGCUUGCUCGUUUUCUUGCAGACGUUUCAUGACCCAGCUAGAUAACAUCAUCAGUGCUAGAAGGGAGUGGGGUUUGUGGAGGAGGUGUGGGGGGGGGAAGGAGGAGGAGUGUGGGGUCCUUGGUGCUUUUUUUUUUUUGCAGACCUUUCAUUACCCAACUAGGUAACAUCAUCAGUGCUAGAAGGCAUUUGUGGAGUGGAGGAAGGACUUUGGGAUCCUUGGUGCUCUCUGAGCUUGGUUGCUUUUUUUGCAGACCUUUCAUUACCCUACUAGGUAACAUCAUCAGUGCUAGAAGGGAUUUGUGAAGUGGAGGAAGGAGGACUUUGGAGUCUUCGAUGCUCUCUGUACUUAGUUUUUUUUUUUAAGACAUUUCAUUACCCUACUAGAUAAUGGCAUCAGUGCUAGAAGGGAUUUGUGGAGUGGAGGAAGGACGGACAUUGGGGUAUUUGAUGCUUUCUAUACUUAGUUUUUUGGGGUUUUUUUGAAGACAUUUCAUUACCCUACGAGGUAACAUCAUCAGUGCUAGAAGGGAUUCGUGGAGUGGAGAAAGGAGGACUUUGGGGUCUUUGAUGCUCUCUAUACUUAGUUUUUUUUAAAAAGACAUUUCAUUACCUUACUAGGUAAUGUCGUCAGUGCUAGAAGGGAGUUGCCGCUGCCAACUCAAACAAGCAACCAACAAACAGCAGCCUAAUCAAGCAACUACAGAACAAACAACACUUCCACCAAUGGCACAAGCCACUCCUAUAUAAACAAACCCCACCUCCUUCUAGCACUGAUGAUGUUACCUAGUUGGUUACUGAAACGCCUACAAGAAAACCACCAAGCUCAGAGACAGCACCAAGGACCUCACAGUCCUCCUCCUCCUCUGAAAACCCCACUCCCCUCUGGCACUGAUGAUGUUACCUAGGUGGGUAGUGAAACGUCUGCAAGAAAACAAGCUCAAAUAGCACAAAGGACCCCCAUAGUCCUCCUCCUCCUCUUCUCUGCAAACUCCACUCCCUUCUAGCACUGAUGUUGUUACCUAGUUCGGUCAUGAAACAUCUUGAAGAAAACCACCAAGCUCAGAGGGCACCAAGGCCCCCACAAUUGAUAAGUUAUUGAUGAAUGCAAUUUAUGGGGAAGGGGGGGUCUCCCCCAGAAGAUUUUCUAGGGCAAAAGGACGAGAGAGAGGCGCUGUAGGCCUCAAAUAAGUCAGAACGCCGCUUUCAACCAUUUAAUACUUUUCGUUUUUAUUUUCAAGGAUACAAGUUUUAUUUUCUUUUAAUUCCAGAACAAAAAUAAAUGCAUAAACAAGAAAA